CCUGCACCAGGCGUGAUCGAGAUCUUCGCAUCUUCUUUCCAGCCCGUGUGCCUCGCCUCGACCCAUCACUCCCUGGUUGUUCCUUUCUAGUCUCUUGCUGCUGCAUUCGUCAGCAUGUCGUCCAAAGCCAUUCGCGAGUUUGACGCCAAGCUGCUGGUUAACUACUGGCUUCCGCGCUCCCCGCUUGUACACGAGAACGCAGCCGUAUCAACAUCCUUUGUCGCGCCGCAGCCCAAGGUAGCGCAGAUCUCAUGGGACCCCGAGACCGGCGCACUCACCGCAGAGCAGACCCUCCCCAGCUGGGUCUUCAACACCAAGCUCGUCGCCAAGCCGGACCAGCUGAUCAAGCGUCGUGGCAAGGCCGGCCUGCUCAAGCUUAACUGCGACUGGCCAGAGGCAAAGCAAUGGAUCCAGGAGCGGGCAGGCAAGCCGCAGAAGGUCGAGACAGUGACCGGCACGCUGAACAAUUUCAUCGUCGAACCACUGUUCCCACAUGCGGCCGACACAGAGUACUACGUGUGCAUCAACUCGGCGCGUGAGGGCGACUACAUUCUCUUCACCCACGAGGGUGGUGUCGACGUCGGUGAUGUCGACGCGAAAGCGCUCAAGCUGUUGAUUCCCGCCGAUCCGACGCAGCCGUUCCCAAGCCGCGCACAGUGGACCUCCACGCUGCUCCCCGGCGUGCCGGCUGCCAAGAAGGAGAUCCUCACCGACUUUUUGAUCCGCCUCUACUCGGUGUACGCCGACUUGCACUUUGCCUACCUCGAGAUCAACCCACUCGUCGUCACCGAUGAUGGCACCAUCGCCUACCUUGACAUGGCUGCCAAGCUCGACCAGACCGCCGAGUUCAUCUGCGGGCCCAAGUGGGCCGUCGCGCGCGACCCGUCCGUCUACAACGACAAGGCCGUCAGCACAGCCGCCAAGGGCGAGGAGCGCGGCCCGCCCAUGUACUGGCCUGCGCCGUUCGGCCGCGACCUGACCAAGGAGGAGGCAUACAUUGCCAAGCUUGACUCGGGCACCGGUGCAUCGCUCAAGCUCACCGUCCUCAACGCCAAGGGCCGCAUCUGGACCAUGGUCGCAGGCGGUGGUGCCUCGGUCGUCUACUCUGACGCGAUCGCCGCCCACGGCUUUGCGCACGAGCUUGCCAACUAUGGCGAGUACUCGGGCGCCCCCUCCGAGGGUCAGACGUUCGAGUACGCCAAGACGCUGCUCGACCUCAUGACACGCGGAGAUCCGCACCCUGAGGGCAAGCUGCUGAUCAUCGGCGGUGGUAUUGCCAACUUUACCAACGUCGCAGCGACGUUCAAGGGCAUCAUCCGUGCACUCAAGGAGUACAAGCAGGCGCUCAUCAAGCACAACGUCCGCAUCUUUGUCCGUCGCGGCGGCCCCAACUACCAGGAGGGCCUAAAGGCGAUGCGCCUGCUCGGCGAGGACCUCGGUGUAGACAUCCACGUCUUUGGACCCGACACGCACAUCACCGACAUUGUCCCUCUCGCGCUCGGCGUCAAGCAGCUCUCGGACGUCCAGCUUGGUAUCCAGCCGGCAACGUCGCACGACAUUGCUGCGCCCACCAGUGGCGCCGCGACUCCGAACCCACAGGUUAACGGCUCGGCCGCCAACAAGCAGCCCGAUGGCCUCGUCGGCCAGGUCGACUACCAGACCGGCCAGCGCACACAGCUGCAGGACCAGAUCGUCACGUUCGACUCGGCCACCGGUGCCCUUACCCGCCCGGACUACCGCCCCUUUGACGAGCACACGCGCUCGCUCAUCUACGGCCUCCAGCCACGCGCGAUCCAGGGCAUGCUCGACUUUGACUACGCCUGCGGCCGCAGCACACCAUCGGUCGCGGCGAUGAUCUACCCCUUCGGCGGGCACCACAUCCAGAAGUUCUACUGGGGCACCAAGGAGACGCUCCUGCCCGUCUACACAUCCGUCGCCGAGGCGUGCAAGAAGCACCCGGACGCCGACGUCGUCGUCAACUUCGCCUCCAGUCGCUCCGUGUACAGCUCUUCGCUCGAGGUGCUGUCGCACCCGCAGAUCCGCGCGCUCGCGCUCAUCGCUGAGGGCGUGCCCGAACGUCAUGCACGUGAGAUUCUCUGGCGCGCCAAGCAGGCCAACGUGCUGAUCAUCGGCCCCGCCACCGUCGGCGGAAUCAAGCCCGGCUGCUUCCGCAUCGGCAACUCGGGCGGCAUGAUGGAUAACAUCAUCUCCUCCAAGCUCUACCGCGCCGGCUCUGUCGGCUACGUGUCCAAGUCCGGCGGCAUGUCCAACGAGCUAAAUAACAUCCUCUCCCUUACCACCAACGGCACCUAUGAGGGCAUCGCCAUCGGAGGCGACCGCUACCCCGCCACGACGUUCAUCGACCACCUGCUGCGCUACGAGAAAGAUCCUGCCUGCAAACUUCUCGUCCUUCUCGGCGAGGUUGGCGGUGUCGAGGAGUACCGCGUCAUCGACGCGGUCAAGCAGGGUAUCAUCACCAAGCCUAUCGUCGCCUGGGCCAUCGGCACAUGCGCAAAGAUGUUCACAACCGAGGUCCAGUUCGGCCACGCCGGUUCGAUGGCCAACUCGGACAUGGAGACCGCCUCGGCCAAGAACCUUGCGAUGAAGCAGGCCGGUUUCAUCGUCCCCGACACGUUUGAAGACCUCCCCGUCGUCCUGCGUCAGGUGUACGAGAAGAUGGUCGCCAACGGCGACAUCUCCCCGCGGCCCGAGCGCCCGCCCCCUACGAUCCCCGUCGACUACAACUGGGCCCGCGAGCUCGGUAUGGUCCGCAAACCCGCUGCGUUCAUCUCGACUAUUUCCGAUGAGCGCGGCGCCGAGCUGAUCUACUCGGGCGUCACUAUCUCCGAGGUGUUCGCGUCCAACAUGGGCAUCGGCGGCGUCAUCUCUCUGCUCUGGUUCAAGCGCCGUCUGCCCGAGUACUGCACCAAGCUCAUCGAGAUGGCGCUCUGCCUCUGCGCCGACCACGGCCCAGCGGUUUCCGGCGCGAUGACGUCUAUCAUCACCACGCGUGCCGGCAAGGACCUUGUCAGCUCGCUCUGCGCCGGUCUGCUCACCAUCGGCUCGCGCUUCGGCGGCGCGCUCGACGAUGCUGCGAUCGAGUUCUCUGCCGCAUAUGACAAGGGGCUGACGCCAAGAGAGUUCGUCGAUUCGAUGCGCAAGCAGUCGCGUCUUAUCCCCGGUAUCGGCCACAAGAUCAAGUCGCUGCGCAACCCGGACCAGCGGGUCGUGCUCGUCGUUGACUACGUCAAGAAGACAUUCCCGUCGCACCCUCUGCUCGACUAUGCUUUGAAGGUCCAGGCAGUAACGACAGCGAAGAAGGACACCCUGAUUCUCAAUGUCGACGGUGCGCUCGCCAUCGCCAUGGUUGACAUGCUCAGGAACUGCUUCACUCCCGCUGAGGCAGCCGAGUACGUCGAACUCAAGUUCCUGAACGGACUCUUUGUCGUUGCGCGCUCAAUCGGCUUCAUCGGUCACCACCUGGAUCAGCGCCGCCUCAAGAGCAACCUGUACAGGCACCCAGCCGACGACUUCUACAUCAACUGCCUCACUCCAGACCGUGUCCUCGUCAACCCGGCCAAGGCAAACAAGUGAGCAGGAAAGGCAGUUGCAGCUGCAGCAUCAGGUCAGCACCGUCUCAACUAGGCGUCAUCGCGCCGCACCGAACGGCCGAGCCCUU